AACCGAAACCAUAUUCGAUGAAUGAGACUCGCGCUUCCUCGUUUCCGAUCUCUGCUUCUCUCGCGACCGACGAGGAUCUCCUCCGAUGGAAGCCGGCGGCGGGGCAACACUGUCGGAGAUCUACCAGAGCGCGCAGAGGUUGCUCCUCCGCGCGACCGGUGGGCUAGAGCGCCUGGAGCGGGAGCGGCUUGAUUCCUCAUCCUCCGCUACCUCCUUCUCUUAUGCCUCCUCGUCGUCGAUGCCCUCGAUCGAGGAUCCGGAGGAUCUUGCGUCGGAGAUCAAGAGGGAUAUCACCCAGAUCCGUUCCCUCUGCGCCGAGAUGGAUCGCCUCUGGCGCUCGAUUCCUGCCAGAGGCCAGCGCGAUCUCUGGAGGAGAAAAGUAGAACAGGUAGCAGAAAAGGUGGAUUCACUGAAAGAAAGUCUUGACAAGCACCUGUUUCGUCAACAAAAACGCAUGCUGGAAGUCAAGGAGCGGGCAGAUUUGCUGGCAAGAGCUAAUGGGGACUCUGCGCAUGUUCUGAGAAUAUUUGACGAGGAAGCACAGGCAAUGGAAUCUGCUCGAAACUCGUCAAAAAUGCUGGAAGAAGCUUAUGCCACCGGAGUUGCUGUACUGUCCAAGUAUUCUGAGCAGAGGGAUCGUUUGAAGAGAGCACAAAAGAAAGCCCUAGACAUCCUGAACACCGUAGGGCUAUCCAAUACCGUGCUGAAGCUGAUAGAGAGACGGCACCGAGUCGACAAACGGAUUGCUUACACCGGCAUGGUAUUGACCAUCGUCGUGGUUCUUGCAUUCAUGUGGUGGAUUCACUGACGGAUAAUGUUCUUCAAAAUGUGUCCUGAGCCUCUGUAAUUCAUUCUCCACACUAAAUUGUCAACUGUAACUGCUUGCCUUAUGAACUGUGCAUUUUGAUUUCAGUUUAACUAUAUAAGUAAAUGACAAUUAGUUUCCUCAUGAGUUCA